AUGGCCUCGCUUCUCAUUCUCCUGAUCCUCGGAGCGGAGUUCGCCACAAGUCAAGUCCGCAUUGCAGCUCCCGUAAUACAUUCGACCGGAUGGAACUCCAGCUUCGAGCUAAGUCCCGCCCAGCUCGAAUUGGGCAACUUGACAGCGAAAGAUGGCAAAGCACUCAAUACCAUCAUCAAUUUCGAUCGGUCUCUCCUCGCCAACGGCGGGGCACACGAGGACGACUUUUACAACGUCCGCGAUGUACCAAAGGACCAAUGGCCUACGAAGCCCGGCAAGACAAUCAAGCUACAGAAUUUCACUGAUCUGACGCCGUUCGCUCUCCCACCGAAGACAGCAAUGUCACGCUUCGUUUAUAGCACAACCAACGCCAAUGGCACGAUGAUCCCAGCGUCCGCGUAUAUACUCUGGCCAUACCAAGCAAAGAAGUUGAAGAACGGAGAAAAUGCCUCUGCUUCAACUGUGCCUGUUGUAUUAUGGACGCAUGGAACUUCAGGUUUCUAUGCUAAUGGAGCACCAUCAACUCAUCGAUCGCUCUUUUACGAAAAUUUCGUUCCUUUCGCGCUGGCUGAAGCCGGGUACGCUGUUGUUGCCCCAGACUAUGCUGGCCUAGGAGUGGAUACCUCUUGGGAUGGGACUCAUAUCCCGCAUCAGUACUUUCCAGGGGGUGCUGUUGGUUGGAGAUUGUCCGAAAUCCUGGCCAAAGAAAAGAGCGAAUUCGAUGACGUCGCAAAGAACUACCUAGGCGCGAUACUAGUCGCUCCACCAACAAAUAUCAUUACACAACCUCCGGGAUACCUGUUAUCUUGGAUCGGCAAAGACCUCGACAACAUCUUUCCAUCGUUCCGCCUCAGCGAAUGGCUCACUCCACUGGGUGUCAAAAGAACAGAGCUCUUGAACCAGCUGGAGGGUUCUCAAAUGGUCACAACUUAUCUAUUCGCACAGGACGAGGCAGUCAAGCGUCUCGACUGGAGAGAAAACUGGUCCGUCGAAGCUUUCGAAGACCUGGCGAAUCCCGGAAACAUGACCUUCAGAGGACCGCUCCUUAUAUUUCACGGAACGGCAGACCCAGUGGUACAAUACAACACGACCGAUGCUACCGUGAAAGAGACAUGCAAGAAGUUCCCCAAUAACCUUGAAUUCGUGACGGUUCCAGGCGCAGGCCAUUUCUCUGCGAUCAGUGCGGGGAAGCAGACUUGGCUGCAGUGGAUAGAUGAUCGCUUUCAAGGCCAUGCAACAAAGGGUGGGUGCGUCGAGUCUACAUUCGAGAGCUUCUGGCCAGAGGAGUAUUACCAGAUGGAUACCAACUCUUUCACGCUAUGGGCAGGGGUGCCUCAGUGGCAAUAUGAGCUUCCAACUGCUUCAUAG